CGCGAAUGUUGCCUGCGAGUGCUUAUGAAAUAAACCCGCCGAAGAAGACGCGCUGCAGCUGUUCAUCAUAAACGUGUGUGAAAGUGUCUACAGUAGUAUUCACUCAUUACACUGACAUCUAUUGAGUUUUCAGUGAGGAGUUGGUGCAGCUGCAGUGAUGUCCAAGCAGAGCACGUUCACCGCAGCUCUGGCCACUAUGUUAGGAGCCACUCUCGGCGGCCUGUUCCUGUGGCGCAGCAUCCGCACGCAGAAGAGAAAGGCCCUGAAGGGCCCCGCUUCAGCUGAGCCUAUACAAGCCCAGCUAGAAGCGGACAUUACGCCCUCACAGACAGCAAGACAAGAGCUGUCGACACCGCCGCAAACCCAGAAGCUUCUGCGUGCGCAUUCGCUGUUAGAGGUGCCGCCCGUGAUCGUCAGCUCACAGGAAGAGUGGGAGGCACUUUGGCCUGAUUUCCAAAAGGACCUGUCCGUCUAUCCGGUUCUGGGAUUGGACUGUGAAUGGGUAAAAAGCAUGCGUGUGUCUGUCAAAGGCAAGGCCUCUGCGGUUUCCUUACUCCAGAUGGCGACAUUCUCCGGCCGCUGUAUGCUGGUCAGACUGCUGACUUUUCGAAAUGCACAGCAUCCUCUCCCUAAGGAUCUCGUCGGGGUCCUUUCUGACCCCCGUGUGCUGAAGGUCGGGGUGGGAUGUUAUGAGGAUGGGAAACGGUUGGCUCAUGACCACGGUCUGACUCUAAAUUGCACCGUAGACCUGCGCUACCUGGCCCUCAGGCAGAGGCAAGCGGUGCUGAAUAAUGGCUUGAGUCUGAAGUCUCUGGCUGCGGACCUGCUGAACGUCACACUGGACAAAUCGCUGGAGCUGCGCUGCAGUGACUGGGAGGCAGAUGUGUUGACUAGCGAACAGAUGGCCUACGCAGCACAUGAUGCCCAGAUCUCUGUUGCCCUGUUUUUUCACCUGCUGGGAAUGAAUACGGAGCCCCGGCUCCCCGCUGAGGGUGAAAACACGUUUGUCCAGCUGGCAUCGUGCUGCCAGGGGCUAGUGGAUGUGCCCUUCAGGGCGCGCUAUAACGAAGAGGGGGAAGAAGGGGAGAGACGGAGGCGAAGCCGGAAGUCCACUGUGGAGAGUCCUGAGUCUGGAGACCAGCAAGUUCCAGACCCACGGCGGAACAAACGCAAACCACUGGGAGUUGGUUACUCUGCCAGGAAAUCACCCCUUUAUGAUAACUGUUUCCUUCAUGCUCCUGAUGGCCAGCCACUUUGCACAUGUGACAAGAAGAAAGCAAAAUGGUACCUGGAAAAGGGUAUAGGAGAAUUGGUCAGUGAAAGUCCCUUCAUAGUCCGGCUGCUGUUUGAGCCGUCGGGCCGUCCAGACUCCCAGAAAGACUACUACCUCACAGCCAAAGAGAACGUGUGUGUGGUGUGCGGAAAAGCCGACUCUUAUAUCAGGAAGAACAUUGUCCCACACGAGUACAGGCGCCACUUCCCAGCUGAGAUGAAGGACCACAACUCGCACGACAUCCUGUUGCUUUGCACUUCCUGUCACGCGGCCUCAAACGUGCAUGACGGGGUCCUGAAGCAGCAGCUGGCCGAGGAACACUCCGCCCCGCAGGGCUGCGAGGAGGGCAUUCGGCUGCUCGAGGAUGCAGACCGCCGACGAGUGCGAUCGGCCGCACGGGCUCUCCUCAGCGCCAGCGACGGGAUGCCACAAUCUAGAAAGGAGGAGCUCCUGUCAGUCAUCCAGAGCUUCUUCUGCGAUGGACAGCAGGAGGUCACACAAGAGAUGCUUCAGAAAGCUGCCGCACUGGAAACCAGGAUCUUUAACGAGAGUUACGUGCCGCAUGGACUGAAGGUAGUGCAGGCGUAUGCAGAGCAUGGUCUGCGUGGCCUGAUGGAACUGGAGCGCUGCUGGCGGCAACACUUCCUGACCAGCAUGCAGCCCCGCCAUUUGCCCCCUCUCUGGUCCGUCAGCCACAACCAUGACAAAUAUCUGCGCAAGUAUGGUGAGGACCUGCAAAUCCAGCUCAACUGACCUCCUCACCACACAAACAGAAAGAGACUUUGCGCAACAACUGCUGGGAUAGGAAGGUUUCCACUGCGUGUGCAACACCUUGGUGUCCUCGUCCUAUGUCGUUUGAGUGUGUAUCAGAGAUAGACUCACCCUAGUCACAGGUAAGCCCUGGUGUUGACUUACAGGUGAGGGGGAAAAAAAAACAACAACAACAAAUUGUGGCCCCAGUUUGACUGGGCCCUAAGGGACCAGAUGGAGAUUGGGUAAGAGACUCUUUGGGGAUCGAAGGCCACUGUGGUGAACAGCAGAAUGUUAAACUCAAGGAUGGUGCAAGAAUAGAAAUGGUGAUAGGUAAAAUGACAAAAAAGCAUAAUGUGCACACUUUUUAAUGUUUAAAAUGUUGAAAAGCAUUCUCAUUUCUCCUGUGAAAAGUAGAUUCUACUGUAUUUUAACCAGCCCAAACCUGCUCUUCUUAAUUCUUAAUCAUGCAUUGAAUAAAAGAUUCAUAGCUUACAAUUCUUGCAGGUUUGAGGCCAUAUUAAAUGUGUUUUGUUACAUGUUAAAUCAGAUACAAAAUGGCCAUUUUUACUUAUAUUUGGAGCUUUAUCGUUUCUGUUUAAUGUCAGGCUGUUUUUUUUUUUUUUUUUUUUUGGGCGGGGGGGGUUUGAGGAAAACUCCAUUUAUCUUAAAGUCUGGACCAAAGUCUGGAGAACAGCUUAGCACAUUGUGUCUGUGCCAUGAAAUGAUCAUUCUUAGAGUCAGGACACCUCCAAAACACACCAGGACAUCUUUUGGUGUGUGUAUAUACCCCUGACACAUUGAAGACAGGCUAAAAUGAUGCUGGUUGAAAUUCAUUCUUACCCCGAUCAAGAUUUUGUAGUUCUAGUUUGUGUUCUAUUUGCAUUUACAUGUGCCAGAGAGAUUCAGCUCCAUGGAUGGAAACAAAUAUAAAUGGCCAAAUCAAGGACACCGAAGUCUGAGCCUAACAUAAUUUAACUUAAGAAACACUACAGCUUUCCUUUUUAUUUACAUUUGUCCAGAUGUAACCUAUUAAAAGCUCCUGUGUUUCCUUAAUGUCAAUAAAAAAAAGAUUAAAUUUCAUAUGUUAAGACUGGA